UGAUCCCGUGCUAGCAAAUCCACACUUAAUAUAUCAUCAUACGGCUGAGAGAGAGGCAUUCCCUUGUGAUCUCUCGUUUGGGACAGUCGCAAAGUGGCUUUCUCAUCGAUAAGGUUCGAUUCAAUUGGCUCAUCUUUGAAGUUUUCAUCUGUGAAAAGUGUAAUUUUUGAAGAAAGUGAUUUUGUGUUUUUAGUGAGAUUCGACGGUUUUUGUACAUAAAUUAAAAUAUUUCUUGUGCCCUUUUGAUUGCAAUGACAUCGUUUACGGAGCCUGAAAAUGGGGAGGUGAUAACUGUGAAGAAGGUAGAUCAGAUCGCAAAUGGACAUAUAAACGGACAUGAAAAUGGUAUAAAUGGAAACCAGCAAAUUGAAUUUACUGAGGAGGACUUUGAAAUAAUCGAAGAUGUUGAGGAUCCCUACUGUAUUGCUGAGAAUCCAGUCAAAGUGUGCUUUCAAGACAUCACUUCGGCAGCUUUUCUCAUCAAGAAUGGCAUUCAGAAUACCCCAUGUCAGAAAUCUCACUUGUCCGAGAUGACUGGAAUGGAUCUCUAUCUCAAGAAAGAAUUCCUCCAAUUUACAGGCAGCUUUAAGGAACGUGGAGCACGCUACGCACUCCUCAUGCUCUCUGAAGAACAGAAGCGUAUUGGCGUUAUCUCGGCAUCUCUGGGCAAUCAUGCUCAGGGCCUCAGUUACCAUGCUAACCGUUUGGGGAUUCCUGUAACAGUAGUGAUGCCCACUGCGGCUCCAAUCAUGAAGAUCCAGAAGUGCCGGAACUAUGGUGCUAAUGUUAUUGUCAAGGGAGACAAUAUGUCUGAAGCAAAGAAGAUCGCAAUGUCCAUCGCAAAGCGACGUGGCUAUGUCUAUGUUAAUGGCUACGAUCAUCCUCACAUAAUGGCAGGUCAGGGAACAAUUGGCCUCGAGAUCAUAGAACAGAUGGGACAACCUGAUGCUGUAGUUGUUCCAGUUGGUGGUGGAGGACUUAUAGCUGGUGUAGCAACUGCUAUCAAGGCAAUUUCACCCCGAACAAAAAUAAUUGGGGUUGAAUCGGACAAAUGUCCGAGUUUCUCCCGAGCCAUGGAACAUGGCGGACCUAUCUUAACUCCAAACAUGGCUACUCUAGCCGAUGGCCUAGCAGUUCCAACUGUAGGCUAUAAUGCAUUUGCAACGGCAGUUCCUCUAUUAGACAAGAUGGUAGUGGUUAGGGAAGAAUGGAUUGCACUAGCUAUUUUGCGUCUCGUUGAACAGGAGAAGUGUGUUGUGGAAGGGGCAGGCGCAGCUGGACUAGCAGCAAUUUUUGCAGGACAUCUUAACGAGUACAGGGGCAAAAAAGUUGUCCUUCUCUUAUGUGGUGGCAAUAUUGACACUACUAUCUUUGGGAGAUGUUUAGAACGUGGCCUGGCCGCUGAAGGACGUCUACUUCGCUUUGUCGUCACGGUUAGUGACCGUCCAGGAGGAAUCUCUGAGCUCUGUCGUGAACUCGCUGCAUUGGGCGUUUCAAUAAAGGACAUUAUGCAUGAGAGAGCCUGGCUCAGGGAUAUUUACAGCGUGGAAGUGAAAGUUGUGUGCGAAACUAGUGAUUGGGCUCAUUCUGAGCAACUGAGAAGAAUCCUUACUGAAAAAUAUAGCCAUGUUGUCUUCAACGACGUCCCAAUGGCAAUUGCAAAUUAAAUUUAGAAUUCCUUACGAGACCAUUCUUACAAUAUUCUCUUGAAAAGAAGAUAUGUUGUAAUGUGACAUGCAAAUAUAUGUAUUUUAUUCUUUUAGACAA